AUGGGGUCACGCCUAGAAACGCGUCGUGUCACGUCGCGUGGAGAACCGAAACUCGAAACUCGCGCGACGAGACCGGGUGGUCGCGUGUCGUUCGCGACACGGGGGAAGAGUAGUGGGGGCCGGUACGGCGCCCCCGCCCUGCGGGCCCGACCGGGCCGCCUAGACGAACCACUCGUCCUUGUGCGGGGCGGCGCUCAGCGCUGCGCCCGCUCCCGCAGGCGGCCCGGGCGCGCCGCGUUGUACCCGCGCGGGCCCGCAGGGAGCGCCCAGUUUCCCGGCAGCCGCGUAACGCCCGCCGCCGGCGACUCACCGCCCGCCGGCUUACCGACGGAUCCGGCGCCGUUGCUGCACGCCAUUUGCUGCACUGCAAUCACACAACCUUGA